AUGUGUGGAAUCUGCUGUCUGGUUAGCUUGUCUCAACAUCCUCCUAAUAUUUCUCUGUUGAAAGAGGACAUUUUAUAUAAUCUUAGAAGGAGAGGGCCUAGCAGUAGCCAAGAACUGGUCAAGACCGUGCCCCACCUUCCGUAUCAUUGCUUAUUUUCUGGCCAUGUACUUCACUUAAGGGGGCAGAUGACCCCACAGCCUAUGGAAGACCCUACAAGUGAUAAUGUGCUGCUUUGGAAUGGAGAGGUUUUCGAUGGGAUUCCUGUUGAAGCAGAAGAAAAUGACACUGACAUUAUUUUUCAUCACCUUUGUUCCUGCAGUAAUGAUUCAGACAUUCUCUCAUUGCUGUCUUCCAUCCGCGGCCCAUGGUCUUUUAUUUUUUAUCAGGCAUGCAAACAUUGUUUGUGGUUUGGCAGAGAUUUUUUUGGCCGCCGCAGUCUCCUGUGGCAGUUUAAUGAGGAGCUGGACAACAUCUUGGCCCUCACUUCCGUAAGUGCCAUUUCUGACCAUCAGUGGAGGGAGGUUCCAGCAUCAGGCAUCUUCAAAGUGGAUCUCCAAGACUGUGCAGCAACGAAAGCUGUGACGCUUUCAUUGUAUCAAUGGAGAUAUCCUUCUAGAGAGAAUCCAAGUGAAGAAGGAGUCUCUGAAAAGGUUUCCACACAUUUACCAACUUGUGUGUCUCUGGUAAUAAAUGAAUCCAACUCAUUGACAGCUCCUGUUGUUCCUUUGAAUAAGGAGGUAUGUAAUAUACCUGAGGAGUUCCAGCUCCUCCAUUUCAUCAAAAAUGUAGAUGAUAUGGAAGUUCUUCAGAUGUUUCUUGCUGAACAACACAAGAAGAAACUAGUCCACCAAUUCAUUGAUGUAAUGAGUGGAGCAAUAAAGAGACGAGUCUUGUGCCUGGUUAGAGAUGCUGAUCAAUUACAAGGAGACGUGUUGGGAGAUGUGAGAAAGACUGAAAUUGCAAUACUUUUUUCUGGAGGCGUUGACUCCAUGCUUAUAGCUGCCCUUGCAGAUAGGCACGUCCCUGUGGAAGAACCCAUUGAUCUCCUCAAUGUGGCCUUUAUGGUUCCAGAGCAGGGGAGUCAAAACAGUUCUACAAAGCACAGAAAAGGGAAAAACCAGUUACCACCCAGUCCAGAAGGCUUAAAUGUCAAUAACAUCAUGGCUGGCAAUUCUGUGCCAUCUUUUAACGUGCCCGACAGAAUUACAGGCAGAGCAGGACUGGAAGAACUGAAAAAUAUUAAUCCUUCAAGAUUAUGGAAUUUUGUGGAAAUCAAUGUUACACUUGAGGAUUUAAAAGCAAUGAGACAACAACAUAUAUGUCACUUGGUUUAUCCGUUGGACACAGUUUUGGAUGAUAGCAUUGGUUGUGCUGUGUGGUUUGCUUCCAGAGGAAAAGGUCUACUUACUAAUCAAGGAGAUAAAAGGCCAUAUCAAAGUCCUGCAAAGAUUGUACUUACUGGGAUUGGGGCCGAUGAGCAGCUUGCUGGCUACUCCAGGCACCGUGUUUGCUUUGAAAAACAUGGUCUGGAAGGGUUGAACGAAGAACUAGGAAUGGAACUGGGACGUAUCUCUUCAAGAAAUCUUGGACGAGAUGAUAGAGUUAUUGGGGAUCAUGGCAAAGAAGCUAGAUUUCCCUUCCUUGAUGAAGACGUCGUAUCCUUUCUUAACUCUCUCCCUGUUUGGGAGAAAGCAAACUUAGCUGUUCGUCGAGGCAUUGGAGAGAAACUGCUUUUGCGCCUGGCCGCUGCAGAGCUUGGCCUGACCGCCUCUUCAGUUCUACCAAAGAGGGCCAUGCAGUUUGGCUCCAGGAUCGCAAAGAUGGAGAACAGAAACGAAAAAGCAUCUGACAAAUGCACAAGGCUCCAGACGCUUUCAAUUGAGUAGCUGCAUCCAGGGUUGAAGAAUACCUUUCAAAAAAUGAUUACACAUUCGACAAAAUCAAGGGUGCUCCAUAGUGGUUCUAUGCAGUUAUUUUGGAAUAAGCAACUUUCCCCUGGAAAACAACCCAACGGAAGGUAACAGCGAAGUUUCAAUGAUUUUAGUAAAACUCAAUCAUUACUACACGGACUUUGUUAUCCCAACUAUGUUUAGUAAUAUAUCUCUAUGUCAUGUACAUAAAGCAAAAUAAAUAUGUAGGUUUUAUAUAAUA